AUGCCCAAAGCCAAUACCCCACAACAUUCCCAAGCCGUAUCACCAACAGCCUCAACGCAGUUUUCAUCAUCAUCGUCUCCAGCCCCAACAUCAAAGCGUUCUAGAAAGCCUCGAUCAUCUUCUACCAACGCUGGUAACGCCUCCUCUUUGAAUAAUUCUUCUUCAAAGCCUCGCCUCACAGCCCAUCAAAAGUCGGACAAUCACAAGGAAGCAGAAAAUCGCCGUCGUAACGGCAUCCGCGACCAAUAUGUUGCUUUAUCGCAGCUCGUACCAGGCACGGAAGGACAAGCAAAAAGUGAGGAGAAGAUGCUGGUUAAGACAGCUGAAUACAUGAAGCAAUUGCUGGAUGACCGGCGAGCGUUGACCGCGCAACUCGAGGCAAUGGGUGGUCAGGCCGGUGAUCUGCUGCUGUCUGACAGCGAAUGGGGCGGAACAGAAUGGGAUCCAAAAUGCGAGACUGAGUAUUGGAAGAGAAGAGCGGAGAGGAUAGCAGAGCAAGGUUAUGACGAAGCUGAUGAGGGGCCAGACGACAGGCCUGGGAGUAAUGGCUGA